AUGGAGAAGUCGUGGGGAGAGGUCGCGAGGGUGCUGGGAGCGUCGCCGCGGCGCGGAGACCGUCGGCAGGACGAUGCUCGCAUGGAAGCGUACUUGGCGCUCAAUGAGCUCGUGGAAGAGCCUGACACAACUUCUCGAAUGGAUGCUAUCACGCGCGUGUUGCCACGCCUCGUGCGUGGGUUUCACAUGGACCUCGUCGAUCCGUCCGCGGACGUCGUGCCCAUGUGUCUUCGUGCGCUAUCUUACUUCAUGUACCACGAACACAUUUCGUCGCUCUUCUCCUUGGAGAUGGUGCAGUCGACGAUCGAUGCAAUCAUCCACGUCGUGCACAACACCACAGAUCAGACUGUGUACUUGCUAUGCGUGUGGUGCUUAACCAAGCAAAACUUUGACGAGCACACGCAUCAGCUCGUCCCGCGCAUCGUCGACGUGUUUUGCCUGGCGUGCAUGAACGAGUUGCAAUCGCAAAAGAUUCACUUGCAUGGACUCUUCGGCCUCCACACGAUCCUCGUCAAGCAUGCCACGGCACUUGUGUCGCGAAAUAUGGUCACGAAAUGGUGUCAUGUCGCGGCCAAGGCACUCUGCAGCAGCGACAAAGACACUCGCGACGCGUCGAGAAGAAUAUUCGACGAAUUGUCCAUGCUACAGCUCAACGACGGGGCCGCCGAUGACGUUGUGGCACGGUGCAUAGAGACGUUCGCGGUGCCUGCGAUGCACCAACACAUGGUCAGCGAUCGGCCGCUGGAAGCCAUUCACGUGUGGGGUUUUGUGGUCGUUCUCCUCCGCGCAAAGCUAGCGCACGACGACGACCUGCUCAACGCGACGUUUAAAGUUCCCGAAGUGACUCUGCGUCAUCCAGACAGUCGGGUGCGCGUCGCGAGUUUGCAGCACUGGCGCUCGGUCGUUGGCAUCUUCCGCACGUCGCCACAAGCUCCGAGCAGCACACCGAACGGUCUCGCCGCCGACACCGUGGCGCUGUGGCUUCUUCGCAACGCCAUCGUCGACGUCGUGAUGCGGCCCCUGGUCGUGUGUUUCCGGGACGAAGCGCUUGCAACGGUCCUCUCGGCGGCGUGCGACACGUGGCACAACUUGAUUGCCGUCGCGGUCGCUGAUUUCAAUGCGUACUGCCGCGCGGUCGCGCCGCUCACGAUCGAGACGUGCAAAAUCGUGAUGCGAAACUCGUGGAAGCUGUGGUGGGAAGACAUGGUCACGCAGGUGCUAGUUGUCCUUGCCCGCAGGAUACACCAGACGGGUGACGCCAUCUACGUUGUGCUUCGGGAUCGCACGCAUGGGCUCGUUCGCCGCAUGUGGCACGUCGACCAGCACGAUGCCGCCGACGCAUCCGAAACGUGCGACGACAACGAGCGAGACGAUGCGAGCGCCAUGGGCAAGAGCAUCGAGUCGCUGAGUCUGACCAACUCGCCGCUUCCUCGUGCGAUGGUGACGGCCGUCGAAACGCUGGUGUACCAGGAGCAAUCGAUCGCGAUGCUCGUGAUGUUCCAAAGCACGGUGCACUGCAUCUCGACGCUUCGAAGCAUCGAUCCAAGCGAUGCCAACAGGAGCGUGGUGCUAGCGCUGUGGCACGGCAUGGUCCGUCGGCUCGAGACCGCGCUGAUGGUGCACGGGCCCAUCGUGGGCGAAGCGGCCGAAGUUCGGAAGCUCUUCCGUCGGCUCUUGACCAAGUGUUGUGCAUUCAUGUUCGGGUGUACGCAAUUCCAAGCCAAGUCAGCGGCGUCGCUGCGGGACCCCGAGACUGCCGCGUUGGUCGGGGCGGACGUGGCCUUGCGCCACCGCAUGGACCUCCUCGAGCUUGUGGUGGAGAAGCUGGACGUCCGCUGCUUUCAGUACGUCCUCACCGAAUCGAGCGGACAACUGCAGCAAGCGCUGGAGCACAAAGCAGCGGCUGUCUUGGAGGAGCUUCGUCGGGCGGCGCAUGCAGACGAGGCCAACGGGGGACCGACAAAGGUCGAACAAGGCGACGACGCACUCCAGUGGCUCCGAAACGAAUUCGUUUCAGAUGGCCGGGUGACCAGUGUGCUGGAGCUCGUGGGGUACACGAUGAUCUUGGACCUGCUCAUGAGCAUGCCCCGAGGACGACAGCCAUCGCAUGCAUCCACGGGGUGCAUCGUUGCGGUCAACAUGCCAGCCUUGGCCAUGGCGAUGGCGACCAUUUUCGACAAAUUCUGUGCGUUUGAGAUCGUGCCGCCUGCGUCAAGACACGUUUUCACGACCGCGAGCCACGUAUUGCAGUCGAUGGCGCAGGCACUCGAGAGGCAUCCCUACAUGGACGACACACUCGGUCGAAUGGCGCCAAGCAUUGCGUCGUUUGCGAGCGAAUUCCGGUCGAAAUGGACGGCGUACAUGCGUCGUUGCGACGCGCCGAUCAAGGCAGACACAGCGGACAGCAUGUCGUCCAUGGGGAGCUUGCCAUCGCCGUGCUUGCUACAAAAACGAGCGAGUGUGGCCAGCGAUGGCCACCGAAAACGCCACGUGUCAUCCGUUGGCGACCAUGAAGGUCGACUGCCCAGCACGACGCCACCGGUGGAGCCACGUCGAAGAAGUGACGCGAUUCGACCGGACCUGGUAGAGUGCAAGGAGCCGUUCGCGCUCAUCAAGCACCAUUUCCCUCCAUCGUUUCGCCAACUCGCUGGCUUUUUCAACAUCCACACGAUCGGCGACUUGUGCGCCAAGACCGAGGCCGACGUCGCGGCCAUGUCCCUCCACGACCCCGUCAACACGGUGCACAAAGCGCUCGAUGAAUUCGUCGGCCGGCGCGAGAGACUCAACACCCUCGCCAACAAAAGCCCCAUGAAACGAAAGCUGCCCGUGGCGCCUUUUCGCGCGGCGGCGCCACAAGGCGUCGACCGGCCAUCCAGGAGCCCCAAGCGACGACUCAAAAGUACAAUCCGCAGUUUAGCGGAAGACGUGAUGCUGUCGGACGACGGUCAAACUGCUAGUGCAAAAGUCGCCGACGUCGUCACGUUUUCCGUGCUCGGACCCGACGGAAGCGUUCGAGUCAUCCGACCGGGAGAGGACUCGCAGUCGAUGGAACUCGAUGCGACAAAGGGCUCCCCACCGGAGCGAUCUCCGGACGUUCCGCAACCCUGCGACGUCAUGGGCUCGGACUCCAAGUUGAUCGCGCUCGCGGCCAAGGUCGUGUCCCACCUCGAGCGAUGCGAUGCAUAUGUUGAGAAAAUCAAGGCACAAAUUCUCCUCGGCCGCCGCACGUCGCACCAACCGACCGCUUGCUGGACCAUCGACGCGCGCACAACGAUCGGCGCGGCGCUGGUGGAGGCCAAUGGCAUCAUGGCGAAAAUGGCACGAGAUAUCGGGACGUUGAUGGAGCCGUCGGCGCAGUCCUCUUCGUCGUUCGAGAUGAGCGGGGCGAGUUAGACCGAGCACGGUGGCCGUUGAGAUGGACGCCAAAGACAAGGUGCGCACCAUGGAAGGUGUGCCAAAGGAGGUUGUAGUUAACAGUACAUGUGGGAUCGACCACCGCGUGAAACUAUAGAUAAAAGAGCGCUGGCUGCCUCGGUUUAGGCCUUU